AUGCCAUCUUCCACUGGCCCAGCCUUUUGCCAGAGCCAGAGGGCUGGAGCUCUCCCCACCCUAGUGGACCCUCGGGGACCAAGUCUCUGUAUUGACAGUGAAAGCCAGAUUGGGGGUUUGGGGGGAUGGUCCUUCCCAUUCCAGGCCUGGCCUGAGGAACCGGGGUUCGCCAGGACAAGGGGUGUGCGCUAUCUCCUCCCCUUUCUCCUCCUCCGCUGGCCCCCUCCCCUUCCUCCUCCUAUCCCCUCCCCUGCCCAGAGCAGCCGCUGUUGCCUUCCAGCGGGAGGAUCCGGGUGUCAGUCGGUCCUGGGAGAAACGAUCUCGGCUGCGGGUUUGGCAGAGGGAACAGUCUUCCCUCAGGAUCAGCACCCCUGCUCCCCGACCCCGGGCUCCGGGGCGUCCAGGAGCCCCGGGACAGGGUCUCCAAGCCUGGGGGCCAACUGCCUCAGCCAUCGGUGGAGAAAGCGGAGAGAGGGAGAGCUAGAGCCGGAGCGAGGAGGUGGAGGAGGAGGAGGAGGAAAGAGAGAGGGAAAGGGAGGAGAAGAGCGGCCGCGGCCAAGAGCGGGGAGGACAGGAGCGGAGUGGAUCUGGCGGUCUCGAUCGCAAGUGGGCUGGGGAAUCGCCGCUGCUCCUCUGUGGUGUCAGGACCGGGCUGGGCCAGGUGGGGGAGGCCAAGGCACCGCCUUCAGUGACCUCAAGAGCCUCCUUAUCUAGGGAGGUCACUGGGUGGGGCCGGCGGGGGGCGGGGGGAG